UCGCGAAAAUGCGGGGCGAACAGAGGCUAGCUGCGAUUCAAUUUGAACCGCAGCGAUGCGUAAGCAUUUUAUUCGAGUAAUGGAUGCAGAUCAAAAGGAAGGUGUGGCGAUUUACCCCGAUUACGGCACGCGAAUCUCGUUUGUUGAAUACUGGAUGAAACAUUGUCUCUUAUUGUGGGUUAAAGGAAGAAUAAUUAUAUCCACCUCUGAUUUAGAGUUCUUCGCUGCUCGAUACUGCUGUAUCUGUGAGCAAUAUUUGUUUAACAGCGUAUUUCGGGAUCUAUUAUCGGCCACGAUUAAACCAGGCAGGGUACAAGUAGCGAUCCAGAGUUUAGAUUACCGCUUUACGACUUCUUCCGAAGAUACGCGACCGAUAUUUUCCAACAGGAACAUAAUCUCUGAGAGCAACUGUCGCUUGAUAUAUCGAGAUUUAUGGCUUGUAAUUUAAUUCAGCGUGGAACAGAACUUUACUGUUUGUUUACUGUAACGACUCACUUGUAGCUUGUAAGUUGACAGUGUUGAUAAGUAAAUACUGAAAGGGAUGAGUAUUUUCCUUUCAACUUUCGGUUAACUUGUUCGAUGAAAUUACGAUCAAAUAAAUCUGACAUUAAAUUAGUCUGGAAUACAUAACACAAUGAGCAUCGAAUAAUAGUAUGCGUGGAUGCGUAGCAUACCUAUUUACAAGUUAUUUAUGAUUCCUGUUUUGUUUUUGCACCCGAUCAGCCGAUAAUCGCGUACGAUCACGUUAUUAUUAGCCUUAUCACUUCGCCGUGCAUGCAACCUGCCACAUUAAACGCAAACUCAAUUAACGAAACGAGCCUAAGAAGUUUAAAUUACGAGCACUUGUAUGAGUGCUUGUAAGUCUCGUAGCUGAAAAAUUCUCAGAGCGUUAUCCGUGGACCUAUCUAAUCGACGAAUCGAGUUCGUUCUUCACCGCGGCAGGUCUGUCUUAAAAAAAAAAAAUCAGAGUCAGAUAUUGACCAGUCGUGGUCGCGGAACGUCGUUUCACGUCGCAGUUAUCAGGUUUAUCGAAAUUUCUUUCGUUACGCAUCGUCGAUUCACCGACUGGUAAACAGCGGACGACUAUGUUUGCCCGAGCUUCGAGACAAACGCUGAUUAGAGACUAUCCGUCAUCCGUUCGCGAAUGAUCCUCCGCGGUCCGCGACGCGAGUGCUCCUGUUGCCAAAGUCGACGCACGUCGAUUUUUGGAGCCGUCCACGCCGUCAAGCACCCGUCCAGGUCACGUUGUGGUUGCAUCGAACCUGGCUGAUAAGUGUUCUUCAGCGUCCAGGAUGAACAAGAGUGUGCAUUACGCAUUGGUGGCGUUCUGGGAGAAGUCAGGGUGCAAAAUCGUCGCGGAUUAUCCUUCCAAGCAGGACCCAGCUCACAGGGCGAUCGCCCUUAGCACCGUGGAUGGACUGAAACCCCUGGAAAACGACAAGAUCAGCCUCGAUCGGGGCAAGUACACCGUGCACGUGCUGAUAAGCGAGCUGCACUACGUCUGUCUGACCUCCAAGCCAGAGUGUCCUGCUUCAGCAGCCAGCCUGGAGUCCUGCGUCCACGUGUUCCUGGAAAAAUUGCGUAGCGUGUAUAGGGAGCUGCCCAUCAUAGCAGACCUAUCGACGGACCUGUCCAAUCUCGCUGUCAUCGACCUCUCCAAGCCGCUGAAGAAGAUAGUCGAGGAGUACAAUCGACAAGAGCCCGACAUAAUUCCAAGGCUGGAGGGAGAGCUGGCAGAAAUUCGCAAGGCCUUGAUGGACGGAGUGCAGAAGCUCAUGGACAGGGGCGAAAGGCUGGACGAUCUCGUUCGAAAGACCCAGAGUCUGCAAAUAAUGUCUCGAAAAAACUUCUACGUAGCAAAGUCCCACAAAAGGAAGAACAUGGUGGCGGCCGCAGCAGCAGCAAUUCUCAUGUUCGUCUCCACGUCCCUCUUCGUUGUCCUGCUGUACAUCGGGAUCCUGUGAAGACAAAACAUACACCAUAAACAACGUCAUCGAAAUGUACCAGCGAAUAAAU